CGAAAUUUGAAAUGUGGAUUGCUGUCGCUAACCUAAGAAAACAAAGUCUACUGGAUAAAUGGUCGCAGCCAGUGUUUGCUGCUUUAAAAAAUAAAUUGUGCUCCUGCUGUAACACGUUACUAAUAACCCUCGCUGCAUUUCUUUUCGGCCUUUGGCUGUUUUCCAUCGGGUUAUGGCUGCGCUGGAUGAGCAAGACUUUGUGUCCGUGGCCGAUGAGAAGUUUGACUUUGACAUUUCACUUUCACCUGCGAGUUCAAAAGGAGAUGAGUAUGAAGAUGAAGUCUUUGUUGGUCCAAUCCAGCACAAGGAGCGAUGCAUUGCUGUGAGUGUGGAGGCCAAGGUGAAGGACAGCAUCAGCAGUGGUCCAUCAGUCGGGGAAGAGCCCAGCUGGAGUCCCCUCACAGUGGACAACUUUGACGAGAUCAGCAAGGAGGCCCAGCUGGUGGUCAGCCACUUGGAUGGCAGCCUGCACGGGGCGUCCAAAUCCCAGGAGACUCGCCUCGAGGAGGAGGCCGAAUUCACUCCAGCUAGGGAGAGAUUCGCAGCGGAAAGCGCUGCCAAGCGGAGGCUCAGUCCCAUCAAAAGGGAGACAUUUUGCAUUCAGGACAGUCCGCUGAAGCAGCUCCCGCCUGCCAUUCAGCAGCGUCUGAUGAAGGUGAAAGGGGCGGCGGCCGGCGCCGGGGCUGCAGCUGGCCCUGGUAAACCGCGCCUCAGCACUUCCAGCCCCAUCAGGCAGCCUGGGGCUCCGGCCCCGCCCAGGAUGACGCUCAGGAGCAAGACCGGGCUGGCAGGGCCCCGGAGCGUGCUGCCCAGCAGGCCUAGUGUCCCAGCAGCCACGCAGACACCGGUUAAAAUGAGGCCUGCUCCCCCAGACAAAUACAAGCUUCAACCUCCAGCCAGAGGUAAUGUGGGCCCAAGGCGAAGUAUGAGCUGCAGAACAUCCACUAGAAUGGGCUCCACUGAAGAUCUCCUUUCAGAUUCAGCUAGCAUCACCUCAGAUGUCAGCGACACCUCACUCAACUCGAGCCUGACUGGGAAGAGAAGUAUCUGUCCGCCCUGCAAGCCUGCACUCAGAAGACCGUCCUCAGUCAGGGCUCCUGUUGCUCAGACGCAGAGGGUGGUGGACAGAAGGAGAAACACGUCAUCCUCCUCUUCCUCAGUGUCCAGCAUCAAUUCCAGCAUUACGGUCUCUCCCAUGCCCAAAGCGAAGCUGAAUUCCUCACUGAACUCCAGUGGCCUCUGUGCCCCCGCUGUCCCCACUGCUGCUGCCGCCAAGUCCCGCCGCUCGUCAGUCAUGAGUCGUGCCCCGGAGCCGCCCGCAGCGGGCCGCAGGUCCAUCUCCGUCCAGAGCCGGAAGCCCUCGGAACCGCUCACCCGACCUGUCAAGUCCACUCCCUGCAAGAAGCCGGACCCCACCCCGGUCCCCAUUCCGCGGCAGACGCCAGCACGGCGGAGCAUAGUGCCCGUCUCCAGCGUCCAGGCCGUCAGAGCAGAGAGUGCUGUCAAAGGCAGCUCCAGACUGACCGGAAUUACCAGCGCAACCCCCAAAAAUCCCUCAAAAGGACCAAAUCGAUCAGAAGUUCCAGCAUUUGCAUCUCCGGAUGGCCCACGGAUCAUGAAGCCAAAACGGUUAUUGUCAGCUUGCAGUAUGGAAAAUUUAUCACAGAAACCGAGACUCCCUACUGGACUCCAGACGCCCUCUGCUGGCAGAGAUAAGUUAUUGCCUGCGUCCAAGAUAAGAAGACUGUCUGCUCUACCGACCCCAAGCGGCCGCCGUGUCUCUACUGUCCCCAUACAGACACCCACGAGUGCUGCUAAGCCCAGACUUCUCCAGAAAACAGAGUCCUUACACGCCCCCUCCAGGAAGGCCUUUCUAAAGAGUCCAUCACAAGUGGAGGAGAUUCCGCUCGAGCCCCAGGAGGCUAUAGAGGCGAAGUCCAGUGAUGAGCCUGCUGGUAUGGACCGGUCAGAGCCCCGCUCAAUCAUCUUCUCCCUGGAGACGGAGGCCGAGUCAGAGUCCGAGGCAGCGCCACCCACUGCCCCGCCCCCAGAGGCCCCUGAGCCGGUCAAGAAGCCGGUUGACCCGCUCCUGGUGAACAUUGAGCCCCAGUCAGUCCCAGAGGUGGAGAAGACCAAUGAUCAGAUUCAGCUGGACUUGACCAAGGGCCAGAAGAUGACGGAGGUCUUGUUGAUGGAUCUCCCAGCCCCAACACUAACCCCUGAAGAGAAAUUCCUCAUUGACCUGUCCAACACCCCGGACCUUAUCAGAACAACCUCCAUCAAGGCUUCUGGAGAUCAGUUAAUUGACCUCAGCUCACCACUCAUAAAAUGGAGUCCGGAUGACAAGAAGGAAAAUGUGGUGAAUGUGGCUCCGCUGAUAGACUUGUCUUUCUAGCUGGUGUAUGUAAUACAAAUAGCUCUUAUUUGAUCAGGAUAUUCUGGAAAAAAGAUACAGUAUGAAGAUGCAGUGGCUUUUAGUUUGACACCAUGUGGUUCACCUUUUAAUGAAAAUGCAGAUUACUGUACUGUCAGUGCAAUAUUUUACUGUGAGCAAUUUCCAAUAUUAUUGCAGGUACAGCCUUUUGAUUUAUUUGUCUGUGUGUCUGUCUGUCUGUGUGCUGGUUGCCUUGAUUUCUAUGAAUGUACAAAUAAAUGUUAAGAUAUCC